AUGGCAAACAGCAAACUUCCUGAAGCUCCUUGUAGCAAGAUAGUAGAUUGGUCCAAGUGGUAUGUCUUCUGGGCUGAUCAGCUUCUUGUGGGAAAAAACCAUGCAGAUAGAAAUUAUAAGCUUGCAAAAGAUUGCCUUUUGUCAAGUUUCCCUCCAUCCAAACUAAGUAGCAAUGUACCAAUAAUCCCUAGUCACGUGCAUUCCAUAAAUGAUUCAGUCUCAGCAGAAAAGGCUGCUGAUGAGUAUGAGUUUCUAAUCAGACAGUCAGUAAAAAAUCGCACAGUCAAAGUUUGUGACACUGGUGACUGCCCCAGUUUCGAUUUCAUCCUUCUAGGAUUGGGUGUGGAUGGCCAUGUUGCUUCUCUAUUUCCCAAUCAGUCAGCAAUGAAUGAGAGGGAAGAACGGGUGACUUUCACUACUGAAUUUCCUAAAUCUCCACAUGAGAGAAUCACAUUCACGUUGCCCGUUAUCAAUUCUGCAUCAAACGUAGCAGUGGUUGCCACAGGUGAUAGUAAAGCAGAUGCUGUACAUUUGGCAGCCGAUAAUGUGGGGCCAGAGUUCCCCAUAGUACCGGCGAGGAUGAUCCGGCCAGUGAACGGUAAGUUGGUUUGGCUUUUGGAUGAGCCAGCCGCAUCAAAACUUAAACCUUCCCUGAUGUCCUAUUAGCAUGAACUCUCUCAAAUUGAUGUAUGCUGUUACUAGAUGUAUAUGUUGACUCUCAUCGAUCCAAACUACUUUAAUUUC